AUGACUACACAUGAUAUUCAAGAAUUGAAAUUACUUUUUUCUUUGUUUGAUACCGAUCAUGAUGGUCGUAUUACACAAGAUGAAAUUAAACGACUAGUUGAAACAGUCUCAGGUUAUUCAUGGACAGAAGAACAACUUGCUGCAUUCAUGAAAAUAGCUGAUAUUGAUACUAGUGGUGAUAUUACUAUGGAAGAAUUUACAGUAAUGAUGAAUAAAUAUGUUCCAACAAGUACUCUUGGAUUACGUGAUUUAUUUAAUACAUUUGAUUUGAAUGAUGAUGGUUUUGUUGAUAAACAAGAAUUUGAACAAGUAAUAAAAGAAAAAGGUAAACAAUUAAAUCAAGAUCAAAUCGAAAUAUUUAAUAAGAUAUUUCAAAAAGAUAAAAAUAGCAAAGUUACUUAUGAACAAUUUAUUGAUGGUGCAAUGGAAGCCUACAAAAAUAUUAAAUUCAAUUGA